UUACCUAAAAUCUUUGUUCUUGGUCUCUUAUAUUCCUCUCUCUCUCUCUCUCUCUCUCUCUCUCUCUCUUCCAUGGAUACUUUCUCAAGCUCUGUUUCAACCCUCAAAAUCCCACUAACAACCAACCGUGAAUUCUAUCACUUCACAAGAACUCCUCAUUCUACUGCAAACCCUUCUCGUCCUCCACAACCAAAAUCUCAUUUCUCUUCCAACUUAGUCACCCAAAAAACUAAAACUUUCUCACACAACAAUCAUUCUCCUUCACUACCUCUCAAACACAAACCAUCUUCUUCUCAAGUAUUCCAUCACAAGCCUGCUACUGGCUAUGCUGCUGCAAUCAUAGAUGUAGCUCAAAAAACCAACACCCUUCACUCGGUUCAAAGGGAUGUUCAAAGACUCUUGAAGUUCCUCCAAAAACUGAAAUUUCAAUCAGAUGAUGUUGGUGUUGACCCUUCAUUGGUGAGGAAGGUGGUGGAGCAGAGAAAAUUUGAAGGGCAUGUGGUUGCUUUGGUGAAGAUGCUGAUGAAGAAGAACAAGCUGGGAAUUGUUGAGGAAGUGUUGGAAGAGUUCAUGAGGAUUUAUGAUGAAUUAUGUGGAACUCAAGUUGUUUUGGUUUCAUCAAAAAGAGAAAUUGGAGAAGAUGAAAUGUUUGGGAUUGCCAAAAGUGUGCAGAAACUCAGUGGUGCAGUGAGGGUUAAUGUUAAGAAUUUGGUUCAAGAAGAGAGUUUUCCUUCUUCUUUUGCAGUGUAGUGUAAAAUUUAGAAUUGAAUUAUCCAUUACAACAUUUGUAUCCAUAUAAUUUAAUGCAACUUUAGAAAAUCCAAUUGAAAUUGCUAGUUUUAUUUGA